AUGGCCACAUCAUCACCCACCUUCGAGCUCUUCACCUCCCUCCGCUACGACCCCUCCCUCCUCCAAAGCGCCGAAAACAGCUCCCCAGACUUCAGCUUCUCCUCCCCAAGCCCCUUCUACAUGCUCGUGUACCACCGCGACCGCAUGCUAGAAGCCGCGCAACACUUUGAAUGGAGCGAAGUGGCCAAGAAGCUUGAAGACGGGCAGGCGCUCGCUGACACGCUUCUCGAGAAGGUGGUGGAGUAUCAGAAGAGCACGGGAACCGAAGGACCUUUAAAAAUCCGCAUCCUCUUCUCCAUCACCGCCGCCCUCUCCGUCGAGCUCUCCCCCGUCCCCGCCGUGCCCCUAUCAACGCUCUACCCGCCCUCUUUCACACCCCCUACUCCCCCCUCACCCCCACAUCCAGCCAACACCUUCAAACCCUCCCCACGAACUGGCGGCGCCCUAACCCUCGGCCCCACGGACUCCCUCCCAGCCUCUUCCCCACCAGACCUCCAACCGCCAACCUGGACCCUGAAACUCGACCCCCUCCCCACCUCAAUCACGCCCUUCACCUCCCUCAAGACGACCGAGCGCACGCACUACGACUCCUCCCGCACCCGCGCCCUGCCCCCGCCCGCCUACUCCUCCCAGCCCGCGCUCGUGGAAGUCAUGCUGCGCAACCCGUGCGACGAGCUGACGGAGGGGAGCAUGACGUCGCUGUACCUGUUCCGCGGGGGCCGGUGGGUGACGCCGCCGGUGGGCGUGCCGGCGGGGCGGUACGCUGAAGAAGUCAAGCCGGGGGAUGUUGGGGACGGCGGGUUGCCGGGGAAGGACGAAGGGGAGUUGCGCACGCCGUUCCCGGGCCGCUGGGGGCAUAGUGUACGGAGCGCGAAGGUGGGGAGUGGCGGGCAGCGGGGCACGACGAGGCGGUGGGCGCUGGGGAAGGGGCUGUGUAUGGAGGAGCCGGUGUUGGCGGAGACGGUGAGGGUGGGGGAGGGGAUGUGGGUUAGUAAUGGGGUGAGAGGGUUUGGGUUUGGGAGGGUGGUGGAGUGA